AUGAGCUCAAAAGAUAACUUGGCCCUGGAUCUUGAGCACGGCGUGCGACGAUGGGAUCGCGCUCGAUGGAUCUCCGUCUUCAGCUCGCAUAAUCCGACUAUACGCGAAGUGACGGAAUGCUUGGGUCUGGGCCUAUCCGCGUCUUCCUCCACCACCAACCGCGGCAUUCCGAAGUUCGACAACCCAGACUACCGCAAGUUGUCGAGUGAGGUGACGAAACUAUCAAAGGAAUUACCAAAAGAAAGAGAUGCAUUGCUGGAUUUUGCAGCGGAUCCGAGUUCCCUGAACCAGGAGCUUGAAGAGCUGCUAGCGAGUUACGGACCCGCUAUUUGGGGCAGGGAUGCAGACCGGAGCUGUUUACUUACACCAGACCCGACCAAGAAGACGUACAACAAAGACCUGUUUUACGAAGAACCUGAGCAUAAGGAUAUUCUCAAGAUCCAUUUGCAUCGGUGGAUCAUCAUCAAAGCGUGCUACUAUAUCCGCAACAUGAAGCUGAAGAGGCCGUCGGGUGCGAACGAGUAUGACCAGCUCGCUGACAUCGAUGGCGAGGGUCUAUCACUCACUCCACCAGAUCCGGAAACUGUUGCCACCACCGAAUUUGAAGUUAAACCCAUCAAUCUGAAGAAGCGCAAGAGCAAUGCUCACCUAACCAUGUCUGACGAUGACGAACUUGAAGCCUCCCCUGUGAAGCGGCCUUACAGCACGAUGCCUGUGAGUCGGAAAGGCAGUCCGAGAAAGUCACUGAAGUCACUCUACCCUGCAGGUCCAGGCAGCACAGAGAACAUUCCUCCAAUGCCGACACAUAGCCUUCUCCAUCGAUUCUCACCGGCGCCAGGAACCGCAUCCGAGCCCGCUCGAUUACAGCUGAGCCCCCUGUCAAACAACGACCUGAAUGGCGUGUCAAGGCCUUCUGCUGUCACGCAGAAUUCCACGAGUUCAGCACCUGGAGGUUUCACCGCAUACGGGAACAAACAAGAGAACCUUCGAGGGAAGUGCAUCGAGCUCCUCAUCCAAUUGGGCAUCGUCACAGCAACAGCUAUACAAGCCCAUAUGAGCCAUCCUCACAUAGUACGGCAAUGGCUCGAUCUGCUACAGACACACCUCGCUCUGCACCGCCAGCUACUCCUACACCGGCUCCAAAUCAAGGAUUCUCAGCAGAGUCUCCUGCCGUUCAACCUGUUCAACAUGCGCAUAUUGCUCCACAACCACAACAGCAAUCGCAACCGCCGCAACCGCAACAGCAGCCACCGCAAGCACAGCCACAAGGAUCACAACAGACACCGUCUCAUACUCCACAUCAGCAUCACGCGUCGCCACAUGGGCAACCACCUCAACCGCAUCAUUCUCAGCAUGCGCAUCUCCCUUCUCAUCCGCAUAUUCAGGCUCAACAUCAGCCUCUACCUCGACCACCAAGUCGGGCUAAUACCCCAAGCCAUCCUUUCGGCCGUUCUCUUGCACCUCAUCCCCGCAGUAGAUCUAGCCGCACCUAAUCAGCCGGCGACGGCACCUAAUAAGCAGGUCACAUCUGCACCCGCGAUACAAAGCGCUCCAGCGUACGGCAUACAGCUCGUACCGACACAAGAAGCACCUCCAGCACCAUCGAGUAGGCAGCGACUGCCAUCGAAUCCUAGUCAACCUGCUGCACCACAACAUGCGUCACCUCAUCAAUCUCAUCAGCCUGUACUAAAAAGUCAACAACCGCAACCACCACCAGAAAUGGCUCAUGCCGUCCAGCCACCACAGACCUUCCCUAGGGGCUCAGUAUCCACAUCCACAGCCGACCUCCGGCUCCUCCAAUGCGAAGUAACAGCUGGCCUCUUCACAUUCUUCUACCCACGCACCACGAUGCCACCAGAUGAGCCCGCCCUGCUUGUGCGCAUGCACACGCUCUGGUUCCACGGUGAGAGCCUCUUCCGCGCCGAGCUUCCUCAACACUUCGACCUCGUCUCCAAGAUCCUGACGGCUUGGCUGCACGAACGUCAGGCCAUCGCCUCAUUGCGUCAUUCUAUGCAGGCGAAUCCUGGUGUCUCGCACGUAGGGCUGGUAGAUCGUUUGCUCGCCAUGAACGAUCUCCGGGCUAUGCGACUGAAGUGGAAGAACAUGAGUUCCAUUGACGGACUGAGUCCCGAGGAUCUGCUUUGCAUGGCAUUUAGAGUCAUGACGAACACCGAGGGCUCGGAAUACCUGUUCAAGGACGGACUGGCUAGGCUCGAGCUUGGCGUUUUCGAGUUCCUACGCAGCGAAGACUCGAAGAUUGUUAUGCAGAGGCGGGAUACUAGGGCCGGGUGA